AUGAUAAGUUGCCAGAUUGAAUACACAAAUGGUGUUAAAUCAUUUAUUGAAUUGGCUAAACAUCAUUUAGAUGAAGAUAAUAGGACUAGAUGUCCUUGUCGAUAUUGUCGGAAUGUGUAUUUCCAAGAUAUAAGUGUAGUUGAACGACAUUUAUGGGUGAAAGGAUUUUCACCAGAUUAUCACAGUUGGAUUUAUCAUGGAGAGGCAUUGAAUUUUCAAGGUAUUGAAAUGGGUUUUGAGGAAGAUGAUGAAGCUGUUGAACAUGAUAGGGAAAAAGAUGAUAAUGAUGAUAUCAUGGUAGCAUUGCAAGAUGCUGCAGGUGACAUGGAUAUUGAUGUAGAUGCAUAUGAAGGUCACAUUGGAGAUCAAGAUCAUAGAAAUAAAGAAUUUUCAGGAUUAUUUGCUGAAGUUGAAAGCGAGUUAUAUCCAGGGUGUACAAAGUUCUCUGCAUUGACUUUUUUGGUCAGUAUGUUGCUUGAACUUCUCAAGGAAGCACUUCCAGAGGGUACUAAAUUGCCAAAGUCUUACUACAAGGCAAAAUGUACACUUCAUGCACUUGGAUUAGGAUAUGAAAUGAUUCAUGCUUGUAAAUGGGAUUGUGCAUUGUUUUGGAAGGAAUCAGCUGAAUUGGAUAAAUGUCCAAUAUAUGCUGAACCGAGAUACAAAUUUCAAGGUACUGAGGGGAAAAGGAUCCCUCAAAAGGUGCUUCGAUAUUUUCCUAUCACUCCAAGAUUGCAAAGAUUAUUUACAUUUCGCCAUACUGCUAUUGAUAUGAGAUGGCAUAAAGAGAAGCGUCCUAACACAAAUGGAGUAUUGAGGCAUCCAGCAGAUGGAGAAGCAUGGAAGCACUUUGAUGAACAAUAUCCGAUAUUUGCUUUGGAUCCUCGUAAUGUCCGGUUAGGUGCUGCCACUGAUGGAUUUAAUCCUUUUAGUAACAUGAGUACUUCGUAUAGCAUGUGGCCAGUGAUGUCAGUGCCUUAUAACCUGCCACCUUGGAAGUGCAUGAAAGAGACUUUUUCGAUGAUGUCACUAUUAAUACCAGGCCCAACGGCACCUGGAAAAGACAUUGAUGUGUACUUACGGCCUAUGAUUGAUGAAUUGAAAGAUCUAUGGACAAAUGGUGUCACCACUUAUGACAUCUCUAAAAAGGAGAGGUUUACAAUGCAUGCAGCAGUGUUGUGGACAAUACAUGACUUUCCAGCAUAUGGAACACUUUCUGGAUGGAGUACCAAAGGAUACAAAGCAUGUCUGACUUAG